AUGGAUCUGCGGUUUCUAUGUUCUCUUUUGUUGUUUUUUGUCGCAGAAGUGACCACAACCAAGAUCAAAGCUUCAGGGAACACAACAGUUCCGCCACUAAUAGUAUUCGGAGAUUCGAUAAUGGAUACUGGAAAUAAUAAUGACAUUCCAACUCUUCUGAAGUCUAACUUUCCUCCUUAUGGGAAAGAGUUUCCUGGUGGCAUUCCUACCGGUAGAUUUUCAGAUGGAAAAGUUCCAUCAGACAUCAUUGCGAAUACAUUGGGGAUAGCAAAGACGAUACCACCAUACUUAGGCUCAAAUCUAAAGCCAAAUGAUCUUCUUAAGGGUGUAGUCUUUGCUUCUGGAGGUUCCGGUUAUGAUCCAUUAACAUCUAAACUAUUGUCUGUAGUACCAAUGUCAGAUCAACUCGAAUAUUUUCAAGAAUAUUUGUCAAAAAUUAAGCAACACUUUGGAGAAGAAAAGGUUAAGUUUAUAUUGGAGAAAAGUGUGUUUCUAGUGGUCGCUAGCAGUAAUGAUCUCGGCGAGACUUAUUGGGUUCGAUCGCUUGAAUACAGUCGUAACGCAUACGCUGAAUAUUUGGCAGACUUGGCUUCAGAGUUUAUCAAAAAAUUAUCUGGACUCGGAGCUAAGAAAAUAGGAGUGUUUAGCGCAGUGCCAGUUGGAUGCGUACCGGCACAAAGAACACUCUUCGGAGGUUUCAAAAGAGAAUGUUAUGAAACUCUGAACAAAAUGGCAAUUCAUUUCAACUCAAAGUUAUCAUCUAGUAUGGAUGCUCUACAGAAAGAGUUGCCCAGCAAACUAGUAUAUAUUGACAUUUACGAAGCUCUUCAUGACAUCAUGACAAACUCUUCGAAAUACGGGUUUAAAGUAGCAGAUAAAGGAUGUUGCGGUACAGGAAGAGUUGAGUUAUCUGUAUUGUGCAACAAACUUGCUCCUUUCACGUGUUUGGUUCCAUCGACUCAUGUGUUCUUUGACUCUUAUCAUCCAACUGAAAAAGCUUACCAAAUUAUCACUGAUAAAUUGAUGAAAAAAUACCAGAAGUACCUUGGCAACUGA